AUGGGGCCUCGCGGCGCAGGACGGCGCCUGAACGACCAGGAGCGCAUGGAGAUCCUCGAGAUCAUCCAGCGCGAAGCCAAAGUGAAGAACGUGGACCUGGCGAAGCGCUACGGCGUGUCGGAAGGCGCGAUCCGCAAGCUCAAGCAGAUGAAGGACACGGUGCGCAACCGCUACUACAUGGGCAACGAGCACAACCGCGACAAGCGCAAGCGCGGCGGGUUCCAGCGCAACGCGCCGUUCGAAGAAGAGCUCUACCAGUGGAUCGUGCGCAUGCGCGAGUCGCAGCCGUACCAGCUCAUGCCGCUCACGCAGACCGCCGUGCGCCAACAGGCCAUUGUGCUGGCCAAGAACUAUGACAAGAUGGCCAAUUUCAAGGCCUCGCCGGGCUGGUUUGCGCGCUUCUGUUCGCGCCACCGGCUCGACCCGAUCGUGACCAAUGGAGACGCAGCAGCAGCAGCGGCCAGUGGACAGGUUCCUGGAGACAGCACCCCGACGCUGGCAGUGGUGGACGGCGGCGUGUCGCAAGCGAUGGCGGUGUCGGCUGCAGUCGGAACGCCGCCGACCGCGGCGGACGAGGCAGUGUACUUGCUGGACGCACUCACCGAGUCGCCUGUACCGGUGUCGCAGACGAUGGAGAUGGCGGGCGCAGUGACGGCUGGUUUGGGAUCGGACGUCGAGCACGGGAGCAAGACCGAGACGCCGUCGAUCAAUGAACAGGUGCAGCAAGCUGCUCGCGAGCAUAACGAAGCGGCCUUGCGCGCUGCUGUGGCCAAGAUCGGCGAAGCUCAAGUGUCGGCCGAGCUGAUCAAGUCCGACACGAUGGAGAGGGAGGAGGCGAAGGAAGAGGAGGGAGAGGAGGAGAGGGCGAAGGAAGAGGAGGGAGAGGAGGAGAAGGCGGACAUCAAGGCGGAAGUAGAUCACGAGACAGAAGACGAAGCAGGAGCAGCAGCAGAGCAGGAAGGGAUGGAGGAGAGCAAGGACAGCGACGAGAUGUUUAGUCUUGAGCUAUAG